AUGCAGUCUAAGGAGAACACUCAAGGUUGGUGGUGGAAGCAGCUGGCGUCAGGGGCUGUGGCUGGCGUCGUGUCACGGACAGUGACCGCCCCGCUGGACAGGAUCAAAGUAUUCCAGCAGGUUCAUGAUUGCAGGAACAACAGAGUCAACAUGUUUGGUGGUUUCAGGGCGAUGCUAAACGAAGGGGGCCUGUCAUCGCUGUGGAGAGGAAAUGGCGUUAAUGUCCUGAAGGUUGCCCCCGAGACAGCUAUUAGAUUCAUGGCUUUUGAACAGCUCAAGAACAAGCUGGCUAGAGACCCGGAAAAUGUGAAGAUCCAUGAGAGGUUCGUGGCGGGAUCGCUGGCUGGAGUCACGGCGUUAACAACAGUCUACCCAAUGGAGGUGCUGAAAACCCGCAUGGUCCUGAGGACAACCGCACAGUACUCAGGGAUGAUGGAUUGUGCCAAGAAGAUCCUGAAGGAGGAAGGAGCAAAGGCGUUUUACAGAGGCUGCUUUACCAGCAUGCUGAGCGUUGUUCCCGCUGUUGGAUUAGAUCUGGCAUUGUAUGAGAGCUUGAAGAACCGCUGGCUGUCACGCCACGCUGAAGACAGAGCCAACCCAGGGAUGCUGCUGCCGUUAGGCUGUGGGAUCGUCUCCAGCUCCACUGCUCGGCUGGCCACUUACCCUCUGUCUCUGGUCAGCACCGUCAUGCAAGCACAAGAAUCUCAGAAGGGCUCCGAGCCGGUGUCUAUGAUCAAGACUGUGAAGAACAUCAAGCAAAACGACGGAUUCUUCGGACUUUAUCGUGGCCUCACGGCCAGUUUAAUGAAAAGCAUUCCAGCUAUCAGUAUCACCUACAUGGUAUAUGAGAAAAUGCGGCAAUUCCUUGGUAUUGCAACCAAGCCAUGA